AUGGCGGACCAGCCUCAGCGAACUGAGGGCCCGAAGGCCGGCAUGUCCACCAGAGCCCAAACCCGAUCGCAAGCUGCCACUGGUAGUUUUGUCUCCCCGCCCGGAUCGAAAACUCCGCCGAGUAUGCCCGCAAAACAAACGAUCCGGUAUCCCGAUAACAAUGCCAACCGAUCAAGGGCACAGGAGGGUUCGGAACCGAUCGAUGCUGCAUCGCUGGCCAAGGCGCUGAAGGACUACGACGAGGCAGGCCGUCAGAGAGAACGGACUCCAGCCAGUAGCCCCUGUCGUAAGAGGCAGCGUGUCUAUGGCGACCGAUUUAUUCCGAAUCGUGACGGUCAAGAUUUGCAAGCGACAUACAAUCUGCUAGGAGAGGAUGGGUGUCCUUCCACGCCCUCUAAAUCCAAGAAACGUGCCCCCCAUUCGGAGCUUCAUUUCCAGAAGACUGAGGAAGCGAACCGGACAUUCUCUCGUGUGUUGCGCAAUGAGCUAUUUGGCAACUCUAUCCCCCAGGCCGACCUUACAGCUGGACCCUCCGAUCCGACCAUGGGCUUCUCGAAUGGGAUCAACGACACAACUCGCUCUCACACUCCCCCCUCAAACAUUGUCAACCUUCCACCCGCCAGCAUCACACCAUCUACCCCGCACAAGAACAUCUUGAACUACGGCCCGAUCCGACCAGGUUCCGGCCAACCGACUCCCUCCAAAACCCCUCGAAGUGCCAACGCUCCGAAUCUAAAUGCACGGUCAGAACUGUACAGCCUCUCUCCGAUCCGAUAUGACAGCCAACGGAUACUCGAAACUCCGCGCAAACAGCCCCGAUAUGUCAACAAGGUACCUUUUAAGGUCCUCGAUGCUCCUGACCUACAGGAUGACUUCUACUUGAACCUCGUCGAUUGGGGCAGUUCUAAUAUGCUUGGUGUCGGACUGGCCAACUCCGUCUACAUGUGGAAUGGCCAGACAGGCCGUGUGACCAAGCUAUGUGAGCUGAAAGAUGAUACAGUCACUAGUGUGAGCUGGAUUCAACGAGGAACCCAUCUUUCGAUCGGCACAGGGAAAGGGCUUGUGCAGAUCUGGGACGCCGAAAGUUGUCGCCGACUUCGAACAAUGAUCGGACACCAGAACCGAGUCGGUGCCUUGGCCUGGAAUGACCAUAUCCUGACCUCAGGAUCUCGAGAUCGACUAAUAUUUCACCGGGAUGUCCGUUCACCAGAUCAAUACCUCCGUAAACUUACUGGCCACAAGCAAGAAGUCUGCGGUCUCAAGUGGAACACCGAGGACGGUCAAUUGGCAUCUGGUGGUAACGACAACAAAUUGAUGGUGUGGGACAAGCUGAACUCUGCACCUCUGUAUCGCUUCGACGACCAUUGUGCCGCCGUGAAGGCCAUUGCAUGGUCACCGCACCAGCGCCACUUGCUUGCGUCAGGUGGAGGUACUGCAGAUCGCACCAUCAAGUUCUGGAACACACAAACUGGCUCAAAAAUCAAAGAAGUCGACACUGGAAGCCAGGUUUGCAACUUAUCUUGGGCCAAGAACUCAGAUGAGAUCAUCAGUACCCAUGGGUAUAGCCAGAACCAAAUUGUAAUUUGGAAGUAUCCGCGUAUGGAGCAGAUAGUUUCUCUCACUGGUCACACCUUCCGUGUCUUGUACCUGGCCAUGAGUCCGGACGGCCACACCGUCGUGACUGGCGCAGGCGAUGAAACAUUGCGAUUCUGGAAGAUCUUCGACAAGCGAAGCACGAGAAACUAUAACCCCAGCAAAUUUGCGGAACUCGGCACCAUCCGCUGA